GGCGCACGCGGGAGGCCGGCCGGCUAGGGACGCGGGGAUCGGCGCUCGAAUGGAGAAAUAGAAGCUUGAAAGACUUCGUAGAAUACCUAAGGCCACCCCAGUGAGUCAAGUGGUGGAGACAAGACUAAAAUUCAGGGCAAGGUACUAUUUUCAGAAUCCAGGUGGAGUCUUCACACAGUAAAACAAUGCCAAGAGAAAAGGAAGGAAAACAAAAAACUAAAGGAAUACCCGUGCCCAUCGUUCCAAUUCUUCAAAAGUUCCUGAAAACAUACGAGAAGCACUGUGCCCAGACGCAGACAUUUGUGUGUCCAGCCAUCAAACAGGACUUGAAAACCAGCAUCAGCAGUGAACGGAUUCUCAGGAAAUUUAUGCUUGUAAGACCUGAAGAGUCCCCGCCAAGCAUCCCACCAACUUCCUUGGAACCUUUGCUCAUGACAAUUCAAGAUGAGUGUUAUAUGCUGGGGAGAGAGAUCUGUAUCUGGAGCCUUCAGCUGAGCAACCCAGAGAUUGCCAGACUGGCCUCACUUCUGGAGUUGAGGGGGUGUGCCGCCUGCCCAUUUACCAGCCUGGAGCUCAUCAACUGCAGGAUGGAUCUGUGGUCCCUCGGGAGACUUGGGAGGGCUCUGCCAUGCAGCUGUCUGCGUUCUCUCGUCCUCGAUUACUGCAGAUUUGGAAAUGAAGAAAUUGAGAAUAUUUUCUCAGGCCUGGAGAACAACCAAAGGCUUCAAGUCCUCAGUCUGCGCUACUGUGGUCUGGGGCCGCAGAGCGGGCCACGGCUGGGCGCCAUCAUAUGCCAGAGCUCCAUCUGUGAGCUGCACCUUGAUGGCAAUUACUUACAGUGCUCCGGGGCUCUGGCUCUCCUCAGACCCGCAGCAGAGUACGCAGAGAAGCAGGGCAGAGACCAGCCGGCCACAUCCCCACCAGACCCUGGGAGUCCCCCUCAGCAGCUUCGGGUCAAACAGAGGGGAAGUUCAACUUUGAACCAGACUACAAAGUCACCUGGAGCUCUUCCAGGGAAAACCACUGCAGGGAAGGAGCGGAGGAAAAAAGGAAUCAAGAAAAAAAUAAAAGAUUUGACUGAAGCUGGCCCAUGGUUAGUGAAAUUGUAUUUGGCAGAUAAUGGCAUAGACAGAAAAGGAAAAGAAGGAGAAAAUGGCUUAUUGGAAUUCACUCAAAUUUUAACAUGCUUGAUCACAUACUCCGCUCACUUAAGGGAAAUUGACCUCGGAAACAAUGCCCUGGGAGAAAUGGCUGCUGCUGACAUACUUGAAGCACUGAGAGCCAGAAAGACAGGUAAACUCCCAGUCUUAAAAAUUAUAAUCACUCCUCAAGUCUCUUCAGACAUCUUCAGAUCUGUUUGGAAAAAUAGCAAGAAAUCUAGUAUUACCCGUAAAAAGAAGAAAGAGGUUAAAAACUGAAUAUGGAUGCCAUUUAUCUUUAUGGAUGCUAUCUAUUACCAUGGCCAACCAGACAUGUGUAAAAAGAUAUUGCUUGUUCUAUAAUAAUAGUUUUCACUGGAACCAAGCCCCUUUCAAGUUCUAAAAUUUGAUGA